CUCACCCCAAAUCUCACGCCGCUGAGUAAUACCUCCCACCGCGCCUCACACUGAUGAGUGCCCGCCCGCCCGGUCUCGGCCGGCGCAUUCGGACAUCUACAGACGGAAGCACGUCACUGACAGGCCCCACACGUACCCCACCGCCGCCCUCCCGCCGCCUAAGUACAUAGACGGACAGCAGCCGCGGCACUCCAGCUCCAACGCGCCUACAUUCACGACUCAGACCACGUCUUACAUACCGACUCGACCCCGAACCAGCUCAAUCGCCCAAUGCCCACAAUGGGAGGCGGACCGCACCCCCCCACCUCCGCGAAGGAGCUCCUCCUCGCGGUCCUCCCGUGGCCGCAAGCCCAAUGCGCGCCCGGCAUCGCCGCGCUCGAAGCCGAGUUCCCGGACCUCGAAGUCGCACACUUCUACUCGCACUUUGCCAACGGCAAAAUCACCGUGGACCCGAUCCCCGACGACGUGCCGGCGCGGGCAUCCUACCUCGCCACGCUGUUCUGGCUGCCGCCCUCGGCCGCCGCGAUCCCGCACGCGCGCCUCAUCCAGUUCUUCUCUGCGGGCACCAACCACGUCGCCCAGCACCCCAUCUACACGGACUCGAAGAUCCCGCUGUGCAGCGCGAAUGGCGUCCACGGGCCGCAGAUCGCCGAGUGGGUCGUGAUGAUGGAUCUGGUGCAUAGCCACAAGUACACGGCGCUGUGGGAGCUGCAGAAGCAGCGCGAGUGGAACCAGCGCGCGGGGAUGGAGGUGAGCGACCGCGUGGGGAAGCGCGUGGGGAUUCUGGGGUACGGGAGUAUUGGGCGCCAGGUUGCGCGCGUGGCGACGGCCAUGGGCAUGGAUGUUAUCGCGUAUACGGCGUCGCCGCGCGACACGCCCGAGUCGAAGAGAGACGACGGGUAUAUUGUGCCCGGCACGGGGGAUCCGGAGGGCACGCUGCCCAGUGCGUGGUUCAGCGGGACGGGGAAGGAGGCGCUGCAUCGGUUCUUGGAGCAGGAGAUUGAUCUGCUGGUCGUGGGCGUGCCGCUGACCAAAUACACGACGCACCUGCUCUCGACGGCCGAGUUCGAGGUGCUGCACAAGAGCAACCCACGCGGGACGUUUGUGGCGAACAUUGCGCGCGGCGCGAUCAUCGACCAGAAGGCGCUGAUUCACGCGCUCGAGACAAAGCAGAUUGGUGGCGCGGCGCUGGACGUCGCAGACCCGGAGCCGCUGCCCAAGGACGACCCGUUGUGGAGCGCGCCGAACGUACUGAUCACACCGCACGUCAGCGGGUCGAGCGAUGCGUACGUCGACCGCGCGUUCCAGCUGCUGGCCACCAACAUCCGGCGGCAGCGGAGCGGCGGCAAGCUGGUCAACGAGGUGAACCGCAACAGAGGGUAUUAAUGUGACGCCAUGUACAUGAAUGACGA